AGCAUCAAGGCAGCCGCUAUGAAACUUAGCAGCCCAGGAGAUGGAGGCUGUGUCGCCCGGUCAGCCUCGCUGAUGAUCGCUAUUCCCGCACCAAAUCUCUGAUGCAAGCACUUCCUCUCGUUGAGCUGUCGGAAGUAUUCUGGAGCCGCUGCGGCCAAGGAUACGUCGACAAGAGAGGCGGCUCCAGCCACGCCGCCGCCAGGCUGAGCACCAAUUCUAAAAAGAUGUUCACGUCGGAUGACUGGACUCGGUUCUGGAAGGCUGCCAAUGACGAACCGACGACGGAAAAAAACUACGCGAACUACUAUGCUGCCUUGGACAGCAAAGCAGAUGAGGCGGAGCGCCAUGCCACGGAGCACAAGGCUACAUUGGAAGAGAUGAAGGCCAAGUUCGAGCUCUUGAAAGCUUUGGAGGCCAAGGUGAAAAGUGAGAAACGGAGGUUGUCAAGGCUGCGGAGGCAGAGGCUGUGCGCGAGGUCCGCCACGCCAAAGAGGUGCUACGGAAUCUCAUUGAGAUUGCGAAGGACGAGCAGCGCUGACGUGGAAACUUCGUAGUCCAAGCAUUCGCCUUCAGCUCGUCAAGAUCUUUCAGGCGCCCGCAGCCUCCCUACCCCAUGCGGCAGGUGGUACAACUACAUUGAGAUGACCGUGGGUUACGGCGUUGACGUCACUUUGCUGUAGUUUUAUCAUAGUCUUUCUGCUGUGCAGUCAUUGCUAUUAC